UUUAUUUCAAAAUACGUACUCUGUAGUGCAAAAGUUGCUGUGUUCUCGCGGUCCGCACAAAAUGGGUCGGCGGUCCGGAUGCGGACCGCGGUCCGCCAUUUGGCGACCCCUGACCUAAAUAAAAUCCCGUGAACACACACCAGUGCCGAAUACGACAUUAGGCUGACAACAUCGCAAAUAUAAACAUGUUCCUAAAAUUAACAAUAUUUAUGACGACAUUCCUUGUCAGUAACGGCUACGAGUUAAAACAAGUGAUCGUGCUAUCGAGACAUAACAUAAGGGCCCCGUUCCGCUACGACGUUAGCACGGAUUUGCUCAGCCCCAAACCCUGGCCAACUUGGAAUAUGGAACCGGGAGCUUUAACUUCAAAGGGACGUCUCCUCGAACAUCACAUGGGAAAAUACUUUUCUGAUUGGAUGAUUAAGGAAAAGUUACUCGACAACAACUGCCCGGGAGACGAAGUUUUUGUGUAUGCAAAUACUAGAUCAAGGACGAAGGAAACUGCAAAAGCAUUCGCUGAGGGCGCUUUUGGAGACUGCGUGAGGAUUUUCUUUAAAAACAUUACAGACCAUGAUCCAAUCUUUAGAUUUAAAGUCAGAAACGAUUCGGCGGAAUUCAAAACAGCUGUUCUAAAUGAAGCGAAGAAGAAUUUGAACAGUACUGACUUGAGAAAUGCAUUUCUGGAAUUGAACAGAAUAGUAGAUUUUGGAAAUUCGUCGUAUUGCAAAACAGAAAAGGUUUGCGAUUUGAGUGAAGCGAAAACGGAAAUAGUGUUUGAGACUAAUAUGGAUAUACCGAGGAUUUCAGGUGGUGUAAAUAUUGGUUGGAGCCUUGUAGAUUCGUUUUUGAUGGCAUAUUACGACGGGAUGCCUACAAAAAAUGUGGCGUGGGGUCAAAUUCAAACGAAGACGCAAUGGGAAUCUAUAAUGGCGAUACUGAGAGCUUAUCUCGAAACGCGAUUCGAAGCUAAGAUUUUGGAUAGAGAUAUAGUUCUGCCUCUGCUUGAAUAUUUAUCUGAUAUAUUUCAGAACGGUAAAAGGAAGUUUUAUCUACUCGUCGCACAAGACGCCAACAUCAGUGUACUAACGACUUCACUAAACUUUAAACACUACGUCCUACAUGAUCAACUUGAAAGAACACCUAUAGGCGGAAAGGUUGUGUUUCAAAAAUGGUACGACAAAGAAAAGGAUCAAGAUUUGCUGAGGGUGGACUACGUGUAUCAAUCCACUGAACAAAUAAGAGAUGGCGUUGAAGUAGGUUUACAGAAUCCGCCGCAGUGGCAGCUCCUUGAAAUGGAAAAAUGUGCUGUCGACGAAAAUGGCUUCUGUCCUUGGAAUGAUUUUAUAAGCAUUUUAAACUCUGUAUAAAAGGAAGUUUUCGCCUUGUACCGAAUGUCUAAAGUUCUAAAUGUAAUAAACAAAUAAUGUACCUACUUUACAUACAUAACCUAUCGUGUACUUUAUAACCAUUAAGAAUACAAAAUACAUAAAACCUCGAAAGAGAAAACAUAUAAAUAUGGAUCAUUCUACUUUUUCAUGACCAUCUAUUGUCAGAAAAAAGUAUGAUAUAUAUUUAAUUUAUGUAUAAAAAUUGCAUUCCCAAAUUGUAUCUGAAACAAAUAUUUUAUAGGAAUUUAUUGACCAUAAUUUCAUAAAUUCAUGUUAGUGUGGUCCUUAUUUCGAUGAAGUUAUUUUUUGUACGGGGCAUCCGCUUAAUAUAAAAUCCAUUAAUCUAUAUAAAAUCUAAUCCCCUAAAAAAACAAUGUAAUUUUAUUUUUUAUAAACUUUAGUGGUUACUACCGUACUUUGAGAAUUUGGACCCUCCAUACAAAAUAUUACCUACAAACACAAAUAAAAUAGCAAUGUUAAAUUUGACAUUAAUACACGUUCCUCAAUGAAAAAUAGAAAAAAAAUACAUUUUGUAUGAAGCUCCAAAUUUUCAAAGUGCGAUAGCGCCCCUAAAAUGUUUUUAAACAUUUUGAAAAAAAAUGUUUUUUUAGGUAGAUUUUACAUUUAGCAAGGGUGCACUGUAUAUACUAUAUACUAUAACUUCGACGAAUAAGGUCCACCCUAAUCAAUACUGAUUAAUGUAACAAUAUGGUAACGCAAUGGUAAGUGUCUUAUUUUCAUACAAAUCGAGAGACAAUCAAGGACCACCGAGUUACUGUGAUUAAGAAUACUUACAGUGUAGGUAUUAAUUGAACAAAGCUAUCGCGAUUGAUAAACUCAUUAAGCCUCUUUCUCCUUCGCAAAAGAGAAAAUGAAAGGAAUGACCAAGUAUUCUAAAAUAUGCAUUUUGCGAAAAAGUGUCAGAAACUUAUGAACAACAAAAAGUAGAAUGACCCAUAUUUGUUUUUUCUAUUGAAUGUUUGUUUCAGCUCUAAAUUUGAAAUAAUUUAUUUUAAUAUUUGUCGUACUUUGGAGAAAGUGAAAUCUCUCACAGUGUACUGUGACGCAUUCAUGCGAAGUCCGAACAUAGGUAAUAUGACUGUUCGGAUGUCGAAUAAUACCAGUUAUAGGUACAUAUAAUAUUCAAAAGGCACUUACUAUAGUGCAGAUAACCAAUUAGAAACAAGCUAUUGUAUAAUAUAGAAUGGACUUCAUACCUUCUUCAUGAAGACACCGGAAGAAAUACAUGACUGUAGCUUUAACCACCUUCAAGAUGGCCUCCACGCUCGGCGGCAACCCCUUCGUUCCCGUCAAGUCUAUUCUGUCCAACACCUGCAAACAUAGACCAAUACAAAUAUCAUGUUUAUAACCCGUGUUCUCUCACUGAGCGUAAGCGUGAGCGAAACGGAUGUGCGUGCUCGGGACCGGGGAUAACAUGUUUUUUUUAAUUUUAAUUUGUUGUAAGUUUUCAAAUAAAAAAGUAAUCGAUGAGUUCUCUCAAAAAUAAAAUUACGCAUUUUUGAAGCAAUUUUCAUAUUUGUGUUUAUUGUUACAAAUGUUUAAAGUGUGUUAAGACCUA